AACCAAUUCUUCAGUGCAGAGUAGUCUCACUGGAGUCUGCCGCGGAGGAUCAUAAAACUCCAACUGUCAACUUUCAGAUUAACCGUUUUUUAAAUCUUUGAGCUUUGAAAAAUGGUUACUCUUCGCUUAGCUAGACAAAUAGGUAGAGCGAUUGUGAAAGCUAGUCGAAACACACAGCCAGCACGAGGCUGGUAUGACACUCACAUGGCUGCCGCCUCUCGCGCCAUCGCUGAACGAAUCCCAUUGGUCGAUGUCGUUCUCGAAAUCAGAGACGCAAGGAUUCCAUUAUCUUCAGAGUAUGAGCUGUUGAGGAAAUACAAGUCUUCUUCCAGACGAAUUGUAGUGUUGAACAAGAUAGACCUUGCUAACCGGUCACAAACGAAGGAUUGGUUGAGCUAUUUUGAGCAGAACAACUGUAUCUCUUAUGGAGUUAAUGCUCACAAUAAGGAUAGCAUGAGGCAGUUUUUGAACUUCUUACAAGCUCAAGUUAGAGAACUGAGGAAAAAAGACAAUUCUUUUACAACAACAAUGUUAUUGGUUGGGAUUCCUAAUGUUGGUAAAUCAGCUCUUGCCAACUCUUUGCAUCAAAUUGGGAGGACAAGUGCAGCAGAGAGGGGGAAAUUAAAACAUGCUACAGUGAGUCCACACCCUGGUGAGACAAAAGACAUUAGCAGCUUAAAGAUUGGAAGCCACCCCAAUGUAUAUGUAUUGGAUACUCCUGGUGUUUUGCCUCCUGAGAUUUCUGAUGAUGAGGUCUGCUCAAAGCUAGCUUUAACAGGAGCAAUUAGCAACUGUUUAGUUGGAGAAAAGGAACUUGCUCAAUAUUUUCUUGCUAUUUUAAAUUUGAGUAAAGAAUACAAGAAAUGGUCAAAAAAAAUUCACAAGGAAAAUGAGAUAACAUUGACAAACCAUGAAGCAGAAUGCUCAAGUGGCCUUGAAAAGAACAUGAAACGAAGAAGGCAAUACCCCACAGAUCAUACACAGGAUUUCAUAGUGAAUGAUGUUCGUCAAACUCUCUUUGAGAUAAUUUCAUCUUUUGAUGGUAACAUGGAUGAUGAAAAGGACUUGACAAGGCUUAUUGAAGCAGAGACCAUAGCCUUACAGGAAGCUUUCCGAAUUCCUGUGGACUUGAAUGAGGAUGCUCAUUACAAAGUGGCUGGCAAGUUACUGAAUCUAUAUCAUACUGGGCGACUUGGACACUAUACUUUAGAUUCUAUCUCUUGAAAAUGAAAAAUCUAUUGUUGUGACAAUUUAUAUCUGACAAAUGGAGAUUAUACAUUGUGUAUAUAUAAAAUGUUUUGUUGUACACCACAACACAUGAAAAAAGUAAUUACUUUAUUAGAACAAAAGUAAUUACACCAAGACUUGAACACUUUAAUUGACCACAAUGCACACCAAGUACUCACACUUUUAUUUU